GAGGGCUAACAGGAAGAGGGUGCGCACGUGGCCGCCCCUGGGCGGCCGUGGGAGGGCCCCUUGGGUUGGAGCCGGAACUCAAUCCCCAGAACCGGAUCUUUAGCAACGUUGGCGGCCCCUGGAGUUACGUACGCAGCUCUUGGGGUCCUCCCACCGCGCCGCCUGGGGAGCCUGCUCCUGCUUUCUUUCCCGGCUAGCCGGCCCCGUCCUCCCAGGCCGUGCGAAUUCCAGCCACCCUCCCUCGCCCCUGGCCCCGGAGCCCUGCCCUUCCCGCCCUCCGUGGCCAAGGCUGCCAGGUGCGGGCCUCGCUCCACAACUCAGGAGGCAGGAUCGGCGGCUCCAUUUUACAGAACAGAUGUCCCACUGCUUGCCGAUGGCUGAGCCCCAGGAGACAGUGCUAGCACUUCCUCCGAGAGAAGGGGUGCAGGCAGCCGCCACCAUGCCCAUCCCCCUGUCCGGCCUGGAGGAUGGCUUGUCAGACCAUACCCUGGACCAGGGGCCCCGCUGCCCUGCCCGGCGGGCCUGCAGCCCUGCCUCGGCUCCAGCUCCUACAUCGCCGAAGAAGCCCAAGAUGCAGGUGCCUGGGGACACGUUUCCCACCGACUGGAGCCCCCCGCCCGUGGAGUUCCUCAAUCCAAGGGUGCUGCAGGCCAGUCAGGAGGCCCUGGCCCAGAGGUGGGUGGGUGUGUCGGGCCCCCAGGGCCUGAGGAGACUGGCCGGUGAGCUGCCCGAGGAGUCGGAGCAGGAACACCUGCACUUGGACCCGAAGAGGGGCCUGGCCUUGCCGGAGAAGCUGUUCUGGAACACGGCAGGCCCGAGCCAGCAGGCUGCAGCCCCAGAGUUAUCCUGGAGGGUCUCAGGAAGCUACUUCAACAACCUGGACUACUUACUGCAGGAGAAGAGGGAACAGGCCCUGGAGCAGGAGCGCGAGAGGCUGCUUCUGCAGGAGUGUCUCAAUCUCAACUCCUUGGAUCUUGAUGAAGAUGAAGUGCCACUCACACCCGAGCACAGGAUGCUGGUGGAAAAGUAUUCAGUGUCCCUGCAGACCAUCCCGCCGGUCCAUCCAGGUGAGACUGUGUUUCUGCCCAGGCGUCACUCCCUGCCCUGCAUCCUGGACUCCUCACACCUGAAGCCACGCAGCCACCUGGAAGGGCUGUUCCUCAGCUCCCCGCCGGCCCAACAGCUGUCCUUCCUGCACAGCGGCCUCCUGAGCACCCUCUACCUGCACAUGCCUGACUGCCCGGCGCCCCUGCUCCGGUGGCUGUUCCAGCUGCUGACUUGGCCUCCAGAAACAUCUUUGGGAGCCUUCGGUCUUCUGUGGGAUCUCAGUGUGGAUGGAAUCUUCCUUCAGCCGGGUGAAGACAUGCACCUGUGGUGCCCCUCACUGCAAGAGGUCAGGGAGGCAUUCCACAGCCUGGGUGCCCACAGUCCCGCCCUGUACCCUCUGGGGCCCUUUUGGCACGGUGGCAGGGUGCUUCCAGGCGAGGCUGGCCUGAGUGAGAACAAGGAGCAGGACGCUCCCCAAGAGGUGGCCUUGGACAUCAGCCUGGGCCACAUCUACAAGUUUCUGGCGCUGUGUGCCCAGGCCCAGCCGGGGGCCUACACUGACGAGAACCUCGUGGGACUGAUUGAGCUGCUGUGCCGCGCCGGCCUGGACAUGGGGCUCCGCCUGCUGCCCAAGGUUGACCUCCAGCAGCUUCUGCUCUUGCUCCUGGAGAACAUCCGGGAGUGGCCGGGGAAGCUCCAGGAACUGUGCUGCACCCUGAGCUGGGUGUCUGACCACCACCACAACCUGCUGGCCCUCGUGCAGUUCUUCCCGGACAUGACCUCCCGGAGCAGGCGGCUUCGAAGACAACUCAGCCUUGUGGUCAUUGCUCGAAUGCUGGGCCAGCAGGAGACACUCCCUCUCUGGCAAGAGAAGACCCAGCUGUCCUCGCUCAGCCGGCUCCUGGGCCUCAUGAGGCCAUCAUCUCUCAGGCAGUACCUGGGCUCUGUGCCCUUGCCACCCUCCCAGGAGCAACAGCCAAAGGCUAGUGCGGAGCUGGACCACAAGGCCUGCUACCUGUGCCACAGCCUUCUGACGCUGGCCGGGGUGGUCGUCAGCUGCCGGGACGUCACUCCAGACCAGUGGGGCGAGCUGCAGCUGCUGUGCAUGCAGUUGGAUCGCCACAUCAGCGCACAGAUCCGGGAGAGCCCCCAGGCCACGCACCACACCAUGCUCAAGGACCUGGCUACCCAGACCUACAUCCGCUGGCAGGAGCUUCUGACCCACUGCCAGCCCCAGGCCCAGUACUUCAGCCCCUGGAAAAACAUCUAAAAGAGCAGGGUCAGGGCAGCCCAGGGCUCCUGGCUCCAGCAGGAAGUGAACAGGCUCAGGGAACUGGAGGAAGCGAAGCAUCAAGGCCAGAGGCGGCCACAUGCUGACCAGCCUGAUGAAGCAAGAGCCUGCCUCUGCCGCCGCCCUGACCGCCUCUCCUCUCAGCAAGGGAUGGGCUUCCCUGCCUCGCCCACCCCUCAGCCCUCCUCCCAGCCAUCUCCUCUUCCCUAAGGCCUCUGUCUCCAUAGCUCUGGUUUCCCUGGGCCUCCGUCCUCCCUACCCUCCUUCCUCUCUCUCCCUGUCACCAGUGUGAGGUUUCUUUGUGCACAUUAAAGUCUUUCAGCAUCA